AGCUCUCAGAUGGGAAGUUCUAGGUGGGAAGCUUAAAAAGGAUGCAUUAGUGCAUCAAAAUAGGUGCAAAUUUGUUGCAGCCUCGAACUCUGUGCGGAAUUUGCAUGGGUUUGGACGCCAGCAGGACACUGUGCCAGCAAGGACAUAAAAGCAGGAGGCAACUAAAAUUCAGCAAUAAGUGCAGGACGAAGGAGCAGGAAACGAAGAAAUGGCCAGCGAAUGGGGCGCGAAUUUGUUGCAGCAAAGCUCUCAAAUGGAAUUUAAUUGCCUGCUGCGAUUUGGCCAGCACCUGGAGCGUAAAAUUAAACGAUGCCAGCUGAAAUCAGGGUCCGAAUCCUGGCCAGCCGAGCGGAACCCGGAACUGUUGGCCACCACACUUGUUGCUCGCCCCUUACACGUGGCUUUCACGGUGGCUUUGCCAGAGGUGUGCCUUCGCUCCUCGCGCUGCAUCAGAAAUUGUGAUCACGUGCGGCCGGGGAAAUAAAACGAAAUAAGGCGAGUUCCCAUUUCCAUGGUCCUCUGGAAAAUAUUUCCGGACGGUGCGAACAGCCAAGGCUCGAGAUGAACGGACGCGGCGAACUUGUCGCCCAUAAAACUUGGAAUUGAAAAACUUUUUUGAAACUAGAAUCGCACGCACUGCUUGCUGUGCUUCCUGUGUGUUUGUGCGAACAAUUGAGACAAAAGGCGGUGGGCUGGAAGGGGCGUGGCGGCGGGGUGCUGCGUCGAAAGUCGAAACACUUUCGCCUGAUUACAAACGCGCAAAUGAUGCGUGUCUAAUGCGCACGGAGGCCAACGGAAGUCCCGAACAAAGGCGACCGACAAACCGCAGGGGCGGGGGGUCCUGGAAUCGAGUCUCAUGGACUUCACGUGCCUCUUCUGCUGCAGCCUGGCCUUCGUCCUGUAUCUGAACACCCUGGGCGCUGGCUUCGUCUACGACGACAGACGAGCCAUCCUGGCAAAUGCGGAUGUCUCGGGCGGAACUCCUUGGCAGCGGAGCUUCUCGAACGACUUUUGGGGCACUCCGCUGACGGACAGCGGAUCCCACGGCUCCUGGCGACCGCUGUGCGUGCUCAGCUUCCGGCUGAACUACCUCAUAGGCGGGGGCUUUGCGCCCUGGGGCUUCCACCUGGUCAACAAUCUGCUCCACUGCGUGGCCACGGCUCUGGUGGUGCGGGUGGCGCGCACCCUCCUGGCCUCCGUGUGGGCGGUCCUGGCCGCAGGCGCGCUCUUUGCCGCCCAUCCGAUCCACACGGAGGCGGUGGCCGGAGUGGUGGGACGGGCGGACGUCGCCGCCUGCGUCUGCUACCUGCUCACGUACCUCAGCUACCUGCGGCACAUGAGGUGGCGCGAGUCCGGGGAUCCCCGCCAGUGGCUGGCCCUUGGAGCCACUUUGAUCCUGGCUGCAGCCGGUCUCCUCUGCAAGGAGACGGCUAUUACUGCGCUUCUGGUCUGCGCCUUCUUCGACGUGAUGCGCGGACUCAGCGGACAGGUGGACAAGCAACGUCUGCGAUCCGUGUGCAUCGUUCUUGGAGCUCUGUUCUGCAUGGCUUACUGCCGCCUAGUGAUUGUCCCUGGUCCGCAGACGGCCUUCUCCAGCGCGGACAACCCGAUCGCCAGGACUCCCUCCGUCUGGACGAGAUUUCUGACCUUCCUCUACCUGCCCGUCUUCAAUCUGCGCCUGCUGCUCCAGCCGAACGUGCUGAGCUUCGACUGGGGCAUGGAUGCCCUGCCCAGAGUCACUUCUUUGUGGGAUCGCCGCAAUGCACAGUCCGCCUGCUUCUACUCUGUGCUAGUGGGCGUGGCGUGGCGCAGCUGUAGACAACUGCUAAGCGGGUCAAAGGAGGUGACCCACAGUGGAGUGAGCUCAACCUUCCCGCAGUAUCACAUCCAGAAGGUGGCCAGUCGCAAAUCGCGCUCCAAGCGCAAGCGGAUGGCCAACAACACCAAGUACCAAGCCUUUGAGGCAGCCUAUCAUCAGCAACAGCAGGAAGCGCUUCCAUGUCGCGAUUGCAACAACAAUAACAGCAGUGGCUACGUCUACGAGGGGAGUUCCCCCGUUCCACAAGCCCCAGCCCAAGCCCCUCACCUUGUGUCUUCCGCCUUUCGCGGCUCCCGCAGCAGCAGCAGUUGCAGCAACAGCACAAACAGCUCCAGUUCCAGCUCCUCCAGCUCGAGUUCCAGCAGCAGCAGCAGCAGCUCCAGCCUGAGUGGCGGCUUCCAGUGCUCCUCCAAGGAUUACGCGCUGGAGGGGAUGUCGCCCGCCAAUCGGGACGCUUGCGUGCUGAUCAUGUCCCUUGGCUUCCUGGCACUGCCCUUCCUGCCUGCCAGUAACCUGCUGUUCUACGUGGGAUUCGUGGUGGCCGAGCGACUGCUGUACCUGCCCAGCGUGGGAUUCUGCCUGCUGGUGGGCUACGGGGUCUCCAAGCUAAUGGCCUGCAACCAGAGGACACGCAAUACCCUCCUCCUGAGCUUCAGUGUCCUCCUGGCCGCCAUGAGCCUGCGAACUGUGCGGAGGAACGCCGAUUGGCGGGACGAGGAGAGCCUCUACCGCAGCGCCAUUGCCAUCAAUCCGCCAAAGGCGUUGGGCAAUCUGGGCAGCGUACUCAGCUCACAAGGGCGAUACGAGGAGGCCAAACAGGUCCUGCAGGAGGCGAUUCGGUUCAGGCCCAACAUGGCGGAUGUGCACUUUAACCUGGGCAUCCUGCACCAGAAUCAGCAAGUCUAUCCCGCAGCUGUCGAGUGCUUUCAGCGCGCCAUCAAGUUCCGACCGAAUCUGGCGGUGGCGUACCUCAACCUGGGCAUAUCAUUUAUAGCGCUGGGCAAGCGCCAGCAGGCCAUCGAAAUCCUGCAGGCGGGCUCCAACCUGGAUGGGGCUUCUGUUCGAGAUCGAACAGCCCACGAUCAGGCUCGCAGCUCGGCCUACCUGCAGUUGGGAGCCCUCUACGCGGAGCAGGGAAAACUCCAACGGGCCCUGGCCAUCUACCGAGAGGCACUGUCAUCGCUGCCAGGACUGCCGCAGCAGCGUGAGGUUCUCUACCAGCGGAUCGGCGAUGUCCUCGGUCGCCUGCAGCAGUGGGACGAGGCGGAGCGACACCACCGCGCCGCCCUCGAGCUGCAGCCCAACCAGGUGGCCGCUCAUCUCUCCUACGGCAUCACACUGGCCAGAAAUAGCAGCCGCGCCUCGGAGGCGGAGAUGUGGUUCAAGCGAGCCUUGAAACUGGCGCCCGAUCAGGCCAGUGUCUAUCAUCAUUAUGCCGAAUUCCUUUCGCUGCAGUCGCGACAUCAUGAGUCCGCCAUCUACCAUCGCAGAGCCGCGGAACUGGCGCCCAACGAUUAUGCUCUGGUGGUGGCCGCCGCCACCGCAAUGCGACUGCUGGACAGGAAAGUGGAUGCGGAAAUGUGGUACAGAAAGGCUGUGGCCCUACGACCGGACGAUGCCCAUGCUCACACCAAUCUGGGGGCCAUACUGCAUCUGCUGGGACGCACGAAUCACGCGGCAGCUAGCUAUAAGGCGGCCCUGAGACUUCAGCCCGGGGAUGCCAUCACGCUGGGCAAUCUGGCCAAGCUGGGUGUCACGAAUGUCUAGCAACUGUAGUGGCCAGCCAGCUAGCGAUUAAGUUUAUAGGCCAAAGGGCAGAGAUAUUUUUAUAUAGGAACGGGAGAGGCAGGAAGGGCGGGGCUGGAUAAGCGUUAGAUAACUCUACAGAAUUUAUACAAAGGACUUCGAUACAUAUGUAUAUCAUUAGCAGCUGGCAGCCGUGUAAAUAUCCAAGCAGCGACCAAAGAAUGUCACAAAAUAGAUAGAGAUACCAAGAUACCAAGAUACCGAAACGGAGCGGACAGAUUGAGCUACAGAUAGAGAUGGAAUCGGUGGAGAAGCGACAGAGAGAACAAUAAUUAAACUAUCUAACUGUUAAGGGAACGAGUUACUGUACAGCUAUAGGAGCAAAGUGGAUCCGUGGGAACGAUGAUUGGGUAACUACUCGUAACGUGCUUAAAUAUCCGUGUAAAAUACUGUAAAUAUGAGACACCCACAGGCACCCAGCGAGCUGUGGGUCAUAUUAUUGACUAUAUAUAUACGAUAUGACUUGGCUUCUCGAGAUUGUUUUGUCCGUUGUGUGUACAUUUUAGUUAAGCGAAUAAAGAUACCGAUCAAGAAAUGUAUGCAUUGUAUAAAGAUAUGGCAAGGAGCAUAUAAUAAAAACAACAAAUUGAAGUGAAAUUGAA